UGGCUGAGGGCCCACUCCGCGUGGGGAAGGUACAUUGUCAGCUUCUUAUUAAUCAUCACGCAGCUGGGCUUCUGCAGCGUUUAUUUUAUGUUUAUGGCAGACAACUUGCAGCAGAUAGCGGAAGAAGCCCAUGUGACCUCCAGGACCUGCCAACCCAGGAAGAUCCUGGUGCUGAGGCCCAUCUUGGACAUCCGGUUCUACAUGCUUAUAAUCCUGCCCUUCCUGAUCCUACUGGUGUUUGUCCAGAACCUCAAGGUGCUGUCCAUCUUCUCAACAUUGGCCAGCGUCACCACCCUGGGGAGCAUGGCUCUGAUCUUUGAGUAUAUCAUAAAGGGGAUCCCGUUUCCCAGCGACCUUCCCCUCAUGGCCAACUGGGAGACCUUCUUGCUGUUCUUUGGCACAGCACUCUUCACAUUUGAGGGUGUCGGCAUGGUUCUACCUCUCAAGAACCAGAUGAAGAAUCCACAGCAGUUUUCCUUUGUUCUGUACGUGGGCAUGUCCCUGGUCAUCAUCCUCUACAUCUUCUUGGGGACACUGGGCUACAUGAAGUUUGGGGCAGACACGCAGGCCAGCAUCACCCUCAACUUGCCCAACUGCUGGUUGUACCAGUCGGUCAAGCUGAUGUAUUCUGUUGGCAUUUUCUUCACCUAUGCCCUCCAGUUCCACGUCCCAGCCGAGAUCAUCAUCCCGUUCGCCAUCUCCCAGGUGUCAGAGAGCUGGACACUGUGUGUGGACCUGUCUGUGCGCACGGCCUUGGUCUGCCUGACCUGUGUCUCCGCCAUCCUCAUCCCCCGCCUGGACCUGGUCAUCUCCCUGGUGGGCUCCGUGAGCAGCAGCGCCCUGGCCCUCAUCAUCCCACCCCUCCUAGAGAUCAUCACCUUUUACUCUGAGGAUCUGAGCUGCGCCACCAUUGCAAAGGACAUCAUGAUCAGCAUCCUAGGCUUUUUGGGGUGCAUAUUCGGGACAUACCAAGCCCUCUAUGAUUUGAUCCAACCUGUCAACCAUUCCAUAGCCAACUCCACAGGUGUCUAUGCAUAAUUCUCUAUUUUUAUUCUAACAGCACUCCCUACCUCCCAUCCCAGUUUGACUGCCAUGUGGAUGCUAUAUAUAAUCAUCAAACCCCAACAUCUCUAUCUUAAUUAGUGACUUGUUUAUCUUUCCAAGAAAAAAAUUUAAAAGACGUAGGUUAGGAUGGAUGCCUCUCAAGAUACACCUGUAUUGGUCUUGGAUUUUUUCUGUGGCCUUUGUACCUCUGAUCCAAAAUCAGAUUCAACCAUUCUUAUUAUCAGCUUCAUUUGGGAGAAAAGUGUCACUGAGGGGCCAGCAUUGUGGCACGGUGGGUUUCGCCAUCGCCUGUGAUGGCAGCAUCCCAUGUGAGCAUCAGUUCAACUCCCAGAUGCUCCACUUCCAAUCCAGCUCCCUGUUCAUGCACCUGGAGUAUCAGUGGAAGUUGGCCCAAGUGCUUGGGCCCCUGUCACCCACAUGGGAGAGCUGAAUGGAUUUCCAGGCCCCUGUCACCCACGUGGGAGAGCUGAAUGCAUUUCUUCGGCUUGGCCCUGCCCUAGCUUUGGCAGCAUUUGGGGAGUGAACCAGCACAUGGUUUCUUCCCCCCUCUCUGUUAACUCUGCCUUUCAAAUAAAUAAAUCUUUUUUAAAAAUGUCAUUUGUCCCAAUAUCCUAGAAACUGACCAAGCAUAAAUGCAACAGAAAUUGUUUACUUUCUAGUGCCAGGGCUACCAUUCAAGCGUCAGAUACGGAAGAGUAUACAUUGAGGGAAGCAGGCGUUGGUUCAGCUAUUCUGAUAGGAAGAGUCACAGAGCAGAACCAGAACUGAGCAGUUGUUUGUCCAGACUCGAGCUCCGGGCUGAUUUCCUCCGGGCAAUGGGCAAUUUCCCCAGAGUCUCAGUCUUAGUCAUCCUGGCUGUGAAGUGAAGAGUUGCAUUAAUUGAUUAUUAGGAAUUCUUUCCACUCUGACACUCUGCAAGUGAAAAAUAGAAGUUAAUUUUUCCUCUAAAAACAAACAAGUUUCCCAUCAGCUAGUUCUCUGUUGCCCUGGAGGUAGCAGCUGGCUGAGGGAUAACAGUGUAUUUCCUAGUAAUCUUCCAUUCCAUGUGUGUCUGGCAGGGACACCUAGAAUCCUGUUAGUACCUCCAGAAGUGACUUUCUUCUCUGGGAGGAGAUAACAUUCCUUUUUGCUUUUUGCUUCUUUGAUAUCUUAAAGCCACUUAGAGCUAAUUUAGGCUGAUGGGGACGAGCAGAAGGAUUCUGUAGUCAUGUGCAAAGACUGUUGAUCUGCAUCUUUAAAUACUGGUUUAGUCUUGGAAAGAAUUUUGAAAACAGCCUUAAACUCUGCAAACAAAGGUGUCCCUUUUGCUAUGGCUUUUCUUAAAGACCGUUUUAUAAAAUGUAAGUCUUAAAAUGUGUAACCCUCGGGGCUGGCACUGUGGCAUUGAAGGUUAAGCUUUGGUCUGCAGUGCUGGCAUACCAUAUGGAUUCUGGUUUGAGUCCCAGCUGUUCCACUUCCAAUCCAGCUCCCUGCUAAAGAGCCUGGGAAAGCAGUGGAGGAUGGCCUCAAAGUACUUAGGCCCCUGCACCCACCUGACUGGAAGAGGCUCCUGGCUUCGACCUGGGAGAUGAAGAUGAAAGCUUGUUCUCUCUCUUUCUCUCUCCCUCUUUCCCUCUCUCCCUCUCUCUCUCCCUCUCUCCCUCCCUCCCCUCCUCCCUUUCUUUCUCUCUAUUUCUGCCUUUCAGAUAAAUAAAUAAAUAAAUCUUUUUUUAAAAACUA